UAUCCAACACUUUCUUUAACUUCUCCACCUUCGACACCCAGUUCUCAUCCCUCACAUUGUCACCAAACCACACACCCAACACUUUCAUCUUCCCAACCCACUUCAAUCCACAAGGCUUAUCCUUCCUACCCCUCUAACUCCCAACCCACAUUGCCUCGGACUUCCCUCUAUUCAACCUCGCCCCAGUCCCCAUCCCAAAAUACUCAACAACAUCCAACAGCCUCUCCAGAGACCUCCCAUCCCUCAGAAUACAAGCAGAUAAACGAACAACAUCACACAACACCGGCAACAACAAAUCAUCAAAACAACGAUAAAACUCAACAGACAAACCAUCCUCUCCCGGCGCCUUCCCCAACGACAUCCCAACCAAAGCUCCAUUCAACUCAUCCACAGAUAACAUCCCUUCGCAACUCUGCCUCUCCUCAUCAUUCAACACUCUCUCAACCUUGUCCAACAAAUCGUCCUGCACACCUACAUCAACCUCCCUCUUAAACAAAUCCCUAUAAAACCCUUCAACAACAUCCAACAUACCGUCCUGAUCCGAAACUUCAAACCAUCAUUAUCCUUCAAAACCUCCAUUCUGUUCAUUUUUUCCCUCUCUCGCAUGAGACUGAAGAAAAACCUAGUAGGCUUCUCUCCAGCCUCAAUCCACUCGGCUCUACUCCUCACCUUCACACCCUCAAAAUCCUCCAACACCAACGCCUUCAAAUCCGCCUCCAACUUCAAAAUUUCAUCUCCCACCAACUCCCCAGCAGCCAACCUCCUCUUCAACCCAAUGAUACUCUUCGUCAUCCCAUCCCUUCUCACCCUUCUCCACCUCACUCUCUCCCUCCCAUAAUCCACACAAAACCCCUUGAUUCCCUCCUUCAGCCUCGGCCACACAUCCCACACGUCUUCAUCAUCAUCCAACUCCCCUAACCACUCCUCCAACCACGCCCUACACCCAUCCACAAACUUUCCAUCCUUCAAAAAAACAUUAUUGAACUUCCAACGACCCCUCGGCACGCCCUCCCCCAAACCAACAAACCAACAAACCGACACUUAACACCAUCAUGAUCCGACAACCCCAACGGCUCCACAUACACAGACGACACAAGACACCUCGACACAUAAAAUCUAUCCAAACGAGAACCCACCCCAUUUCCCACCCAGGUAAAUAUGGAAGCCCUCCCAUGAAAUUUAACCCACAGAUCCACCAGAUCCCARUCCUCCAAAAAAUCCCUAAGCUCCGCCGACCCACCCCUAACUGUUCCCGACCUACAAGAGGUAUCAACAUCCCUAAGCACACAAUUAAAAUCCCCAGCA